CCCCCAUUUCGGGACGUUUUCCCGCCAGUGUGCACCGCCACCGCCGCGGCAGCCGUCGCCGCCCACACCCUUCCAACACAAAUAAAAAAGGGCAUCUUUUUGGGCACUCAAUAAUUAUAACAAAAAACUAAUCAUAUAAUUUUGAGAGAUCUUUAAUAUUAAUGAUUAAAUAAAUAAGAAGUGUUGCCGUGAAAAUUGAAACAAGAAAAUGAAUAGUCAAUCGAUAGGAAUAUCAUUAAGGUCGGCUUUAAACAUAAUGAGAGCGGUGUCAAUAUCAUUCACGUGUUACCUAUUGACGCUCAUAUCAUGCCACGACGCUGAGGACGACUCGCGCUAAAAGCUCUUCCAUCUACACGGAGACAAUAAAUAGUUACCGAGACAAUAAUUUAGGAUAAUUAAAUAGACUAAGAAAACGGUGCAAAAUGGCGAACACAGCUCACUUGAUGCGUAGACAGAGCUCGCGGGACCUCUACGCCCAGCGCAGCAUCGACCGAAUGGAGAUGAAGGAGCUCCGCGGCCGGCUGGUGACCCUCGAGAACGGGCUGCCCUCGGCGCGCGCGCCCAUCAUGUACGGAGCCACCAACGAGGCCUUCGAGGACACCAGCCCCAACCGCCGCUCCUCCGACACGCCCACCAGCAAGGCCAGUACCGUCGAAGACCGCGCCGCGAAGCCAGAAGGCGUGGAAAGAGAAUCCUGGGAUAGCAAGCUGACUUUUCUGUUAGCGACCGUCGGCUACGCUGUCGGGCUAGGAAACGUGUGGAGGUUUCCUUACCUAGCGCAAAAAAACGGGGGCGGAGCGUUUCUGAUUCCUUACUUCGUCAUGUUGGCGAUUGAGGGGAUCCCGAUAUUCUACUUGGAGCUGGCGAUCGGGCAGCGUCUGCGGAAGGGAGCUAUCGGCGUGUGGCACCAGGUGUCGCCGUACCUGGGCGGUAUCGGCAUCAGCUCGGCCGUGGUGUCGUUCAACGUGGCGUUGUACUACAACUCCAUCAUCGCGUGGUGCCUGUUCUACUUCGCUCAGAGCUUCCAGGCGGAGCUGCCGUGGGCCGAGUGCCCCAAGAAGUAUUUCCCGAACGGAUCCUACACCACUGAGCCGGAAUGUGCCGUGAGCAGCCCCACGCAGUACUUCUGGUACCGCACCACAUUGCAGAUCUCCGAGGACAUCAACUACCCCGAGACCUUCAACUACAAGAUCGCCAUGGCGCUGGUGGUGGCCUGGAUCCUCGUCUACAUGUGCAUGAUCAAGGGCAUCGCCUCCUCCGGCAAGGUGGUCUAUGUCACGGCCACCUUCCCCUACAUCGUGCUCGUCAUCUUCUUCUUCAGAGGGAUAACCCUCAAAGGCAUGGGCGACGGUUUAGCUCACUUAUUCACCCCCAAGUGGCACACAAUCCUCGACCCGGUCGUCUGGCUUGAAGCCGGAACGCAGAUAUUCUUCUCCCUCGGCUUAGCGUUCGGCGGUCUCAUAGCGUUCUCCUCCUACAACCCUGUCGACAACAACUGCUACAGAGACGCCAUAAUGGUCUCCAUGACGAACUGUUUAACAUCAAUGUUCGCUGGGAUAGUGGUGUUCUCGAUCAUAGGGUUCAAAGCCACGAUGGUGUAUGAGAAAUGCCUGGAGGAGCGAAACGCGACGCUUCUGGCGGUGUUCGGGUCGUCGUACCGCUCGCUGGUGCUGCCUGAAGCGGGGGAACAAGUGGACGUGAACCUCCACGGCAACUGGACCAAGAUCAUUAUGCCGCUGCUGCCGGAGUGUGAUCUACAGAAGGAGUUGGAUAAUACUGCCUCAGGCACCGGCCUAGCCUUCAUCAUCUUCACGGAAGCUAUCAACCAGUUCCCCGGGGCGCAAUUCUGGUCGGUGCUAUUCUUCCUGAUGCUGUUCACCCUCGGAAUAGACUCCCAGUUCGGGACCUUGGAAGGAGUCGUCACCUCUAUAGUGGACAUGAAGUUAUUUCCGAACUUGAGGAAGGAGUAUUUGACCGGAGGUCUAUGCCUGAUGUGCUGCGUGUUGUCUAUGGCCUUCGCUCACGGCGCGGGAAGCUAUAUUUUUCUGCUGUUUGACAUGUACAGUGGCAAUUUCCCACUUCUGAUUAUUGCGUUGAUGGAGUGCAUUGGGAUCUCUUACGUCUACGGUGUUAAAAGGUUCGCGGACGACAUAGAGCUGAUGACGGGUCAGCGGCCGGGCAUCUACUGGCUGAUCUGCUGGAAGUACCUGUCGCCCCUCGCCAUGAUCUCCAUCCUGGUGGCCUCGUUCAUAGAGAUCGCUGUGGACGGCUCUGGCUAUGACGCGUGGAUACCCUCGGAAGGAGACACGGAGAAGAAGUCGUGGCCGGCGUGGUCGGUGAUCCUGAUGCUGGUGCUGAUCCUGGCCUCCGUGCUGUGGAUCCCGGGCGUCGCCAUCGCUAGAUACUUCGGCAUCCCCAUAGUAGAGGACGAGGAGCGAGCGUGGUUCCCGGCCGAUGACCUCCGUGACUUCCACGGCAUAGAGCCGCGAGCAGUAUCCAAGGCAGAGACACUGCUGUUCUGCACCCGGCCCGAUGGAAGCGAGGGCUGCUGCUGGCCCGGCUGCUGCGAAACCGACGACGAGGAGUAAGGAGGUCGCGAUUAAAAAGUAUAAACUGGUACGGAACUCUUCGCAGGAACCGGAACUUUUUGUUGGUUGCCAAUCUUCGCGGUUGAAACCUUUUUGGAGACCGCGUGUGAGUCUAUUUUCAAAAAUGGAACGGGGAUAAAGAAUCAUUUGUUUUUGUUCAGUUUUCGCUAAGUUAUUUCAAAUUUAAAGGAAGAACGAUUUUUUUCUUUCUUUUCGCAGUGGAAAGACUGAUGAAGAGAGAUCAAGUAGUUUUUGUUACAUGUUACCAGCGAAACAGAAGUUAUUAUGCGAAUCUCUAGAGGCAGUUAGUUACAGUCAGAGGAUUUAACUAAGUAUCAAUAAUGUAGAGUCCGAUUUCUAUUACUACUGAGCCCAAAAAGAGACAUAAUAUGACAAUAAAUAAUAGAUGAAUGAAUUGACUAAGUCACAUCCGAGAUUUAUAUUUAUCUCGUCUACUUGUAGGCUAUAGGAAAAAUAAGAUAUUGAUGAAUGAUAGAAAAACAUUUUUGAUUAUAUCCAAGCUUUCAUAAUCAGCUUUUUGUAGAGGAAAAGCUAUGUAUAUUCGUUGAAAUUUGUAACGAUGACUGUACUGGUCAUAAGAAUAUAGAAAUAAUACUACUGUACAAAACAUAUUGAUUUUACAUAUCUUGAAUUGAAACAGUAAAUAUCAUUAAAAAAACUAAUUGUGAAAUUGUUGCAAAAUAAGUAGUUUUUA